AUAUGUUGUGACCUUAAUCAUUCAUAUAUACUACCGCUAUACAGCAAGGGUGUGAGGUUAAUUUAUUUGAUUCAGUCGAACCGGAUACGUCAUUGCUCAUUAACACAUUCUGUUCAGCGCGUGGUACUGGCGAGCAGACGACAAAAUGGAGAAUAACACGCAAACUGUUGGUGAUGCAGACUAUAUUUUGCAACCGGUGUGGGAUUUGAGAAAAGGCUAUGAAGAUUAUCUGCGCUCGCCUUUAUUUCCCGUCUUCGUGUCGGUGGGGUAUUAUUUCGGUAUCUGUAUCCCGUUCAUGCUUGUGGACAUUUUUUGUAAGAAUAUGUGGUGGUACAAAAAAUACAAAAUCCAGCCAGACAAAGAUGUAGCAGCGCCACUGUUAUGGGAUACCCUGACACUGACAUUUUGGAAUAAUAUAAUGUUCAUCAUGCCCGCUGCCGUUGCACAGUGGAUCUGGACACCUCCAACGGAACUCCCAGAAAGAGCACCACCAUUAUUUGAAUUUUUAUGGCAUAUAUUUGCUUGUUUAUUGGUUUUUGACUUCCAGUACUACGUUUGGCACCUGACACAUCACAAAAUCAGGUUUCUAUAUCGUCAUAUCCAUGGCCUCCACCACCGGUACCACGCCCCAUUUGUAUGGGUUACACAGUACCUGCAUCCCUGGGAGUUGAUUACCGUAGGCCUACUCACUACGACUAAUACUUGGUUCUUCAACUGCCAUUGUCUGACAAUCUGGAGUUACAUGGUCGUUAGCAUUAGCAUCAGCGUUGAGGGGCAUAUCGGAUUCGAUUUCCCCUGGCUGUUAAACCACUGGAUACCUUACGGAUUUUUUGGAGGAUCUCCAAAGCACGAUAUGCAUCACCAGAAACCAAUGACCAACUACCAGCCUUUCUUUAAUCAUUUCGACAAACUGUUUGGAUCAUUCUGCCCACCGAUGUCAGCAGGGGGAGUAAAAUCCAAAGCCUUACAGGAUUAUGAACGAAGACAUCGUGAAUCAAAGAAAAGGGGUUAAAUUAUUUUUAUUUAUUUUAUUUUUUUCCUUUUCUCCAAUUUUCUUUUAAAAAAUUCUAUAUUUUUCCCGGUAAUAUUUCAAAUGCUUUUUUUAUUAUCUUGAUCUUGCAUUUGUUUUAUUUACAUUUGUUGUCCGAUUCUGAAAUCAAAACUAGUCAUUAUCACUACACCCGUUUUUGCCAGUAUUCUCUACCACACCCCGACCCCGCAACAAUUUUUUUUAUUUUUUUUUCCUGUUAAUUUGGUUUAAAUUUUUUAGUAACACAAAUAGUUAAAAUGAAUUUUUAUAGAUCUUAUGUAAGUUUGAUUUCCAUUUAUCUGAAAUCAAAACUAGUCAAUAUUUUACGUCACUAUUUUUUUUUUUUUUUUUUGUCUUCGACCAAGGGUAUAGGUCUAGGCGAUUAAACCUGCGGCCAGGAUUUACCACUAGGCAUAGUUGGCAUUUGGUCUACCCGUGGGCCCGAUGUAACUAAUUGGUCGCGCAGCGUGCCCGAGUAUAAACUUGUUUCUCAUGUAGAACGAGUGCCCCAAAUAUGUAAAUCCGGCUCCGAAUAAACCUUUAAUAUCUUCAGGUCUUUCAAUGCAAGUACGUUUUAAAUGAUCAGCCAAACUGUCCAUCUAUUUAUAUUUAAUACUUUAUUGUGAUCAAAUAGUUAGUCAAUACAUGUAUAUUUAUAUUUUUAAACCACUCAUACGGAUGCGUACGAAUGGUAAUGCAUCUUUAUAAUGUUUGCAUCUCAGCGAUGGAUUGACCGACCGGUCUCAAAUUUUGCACACAAUCAAAAUUAAACUGGGUAUUGGGCAAAUUGUUAAUGAAUAAAAUACGAGCGGUACAUACGACUAAAAGUUGUAUUUACAGUAAUCAAGAGUUUAAUUCGAAUCGCGCUACAGCUCAUAUUUUCUGCUUUCAAUCCUAACGUCAUUUUGAUAAUUGAGCUUGUCAGUAGAUAAUGUGACUUAGCGUGAAUAGAGGGCUAUUUUUAAGUCAGAAAAUCGAAUUUACCGUAAAUACCUCGUGAUUAGAAUAAAUUGGUUCAAUGACAUUUAGUAAUUGAACUGAAAAUACAAAGGACACAAUGCUUUGAAAUAAAAUUACUUUUUAUUACUAAGGUAGUUUAAACUAGAUGAUCGAUAAAAACUUGUCGAAACAUCGCUCAAUAAUUGUAUGUCUAUUCCAUAGAAUAUGUGUCCUUUGUAUUAUAAUAGUAAUUAUUUAGUAAUCGAACUAGAAUUACACAGAAUAUAAUUACUUGGAGAACAAUUACUGUUUAUAUAUCUCCCGUCAAAAGGCAAAACCUAGUAACUCACUUUUUUCUUAUUUUGAGAAAACAAAGGAAAACGUAAUGAAUGAAUAUUAAACCCAUCCAUUGAUUUUACUAUUGAGUUACUAGGUUUUGCUGUGGUAUACUAGGCAAAUGAAGGAAGUUGCUAGGUUGUGUCAUGGGUGUAACUGCUUACAAAAUCAAAAGAUUGGAAUAUCUAGUACAACAACAGGAAGCACAUACCCUAGUAACUACAAAUUUGGUCCUAACUCAAUUUUGAUAAAAAAAAAAAAAGUGAGUUACUAGGGUUUGCCUUUUGACGGGAGAUAUAUGAGGGACGUUUCGACUAGAUGUUUCAUGAUUACGAGUCGAAACGUCACUCAGUAGAAAUCAUUGGUUGUAUCCCACUAUGUUCUCUUAUUGUAAUAGUCAUGUUUAAUCCUAUAUGGAUUGGCUUGUCUCGAAGUGAUUUCUGGCCAGUCUCGCACUCUCUUUGAGUCUAUAAAUAGCCAUCGCACGUGAAAUUCUCAACACAUCUAUCAACUAUUACAGCCGUAAAAAAUCUAUUGUUGACGAUUCUGAAUAGCAGUAAUAUUUAGCUUUUUGGUUAUUACAGCAGCUUUAGAAAUUACGUUCGUUUUAUUUUUUAAAUUGCUCUACCAUUAACUAUACCGUUAGGAGCGGUAUCUUAUGGUUAAGUACAAAUAAUAUCUCUGAAAAACUCGGGUUAGACAGGUACAUGAUACUAGCAGUAGUUUCAUUUAACUUUUAUAGGGUUCGUAAAACAUUUGUUGAGUUGCCUGUCGUGCGUGUUUCAAAAUUCAAUUUCUUGUUCCAGCUUUCUGUCAUGUUUCUUAAAAAAGUAGUCUUGAUUAUCCCGGCUUGUCAAUCAGACGGAGAAUGGUCGAUCGAUAGACUGGUUAAAUGAGACUAAUUUCAAAACAAGGGCAGGUAACCUAUUUUUUGCUCAAAAGUGCAUGGAUGUUAUGGACGACACUCGAACCAUUUUUCAGUCUAUUAUUUAUCGAUGGUUAAAUGGUCAUAGCUUGUUAAGUACAACAUGGCCGUUUUUUUAGUGACUAUAAAUGUGCCAAAUAGAUUUGAGGAUUGAUAUAUAUAUAUAUAUAUAUAUAUAUAUAUAUUGUGGUGUAAUUGUCUGACUAUAAAUGUGCCAAACAGAUUUAAGGAUUGAUAUAUAUAUAUACAUAUUGUGGUGAAAUUGUCGAGCUAUUUGGAGAUAUUUAUUUACGGUGGGGCACCCUACUUAUGCCAUGUUUACACUGUCCACUCUUUUGUUCAGAGUGUUAGAAAUCCGAUCUGAUCUGGGAAAAGGAUAUGUAUGUCUCCUUUGUAGUCAAGUACAGACGACUCGCAACUUCUGUCUUCAAUAGGCAGCAAAUCAGACCACUUCAAAACCAUAAUAAUUUAUUGACAAAAGAUUGUGUCUACGAUAUCACCCUUGGUGGAAGUAGACGUAAAACCUCAGAAACGAACGCACGAACUGACAAAAGAUCGACAGUGUAACCUUGGCAUUAUCUACUUUAUUUUUGUGUAAAUCUUCUAUACAACAAACGUCUCAUAGCUUGACUACUUGAAAUUGUUUCAUAAGUGUCCACUAAUGUGUAACUGGGCACACACAAGUAACAAGUCUGUGGAAUACAGUUACUGUUUAUUGAGCGAUGUUUCCACUAGGAUUUUCUAGUCAUUAUCAAACAUUUAGUUUAGACGUCGCUUAGUAGUACAUGUGUAUGACAGCUAUUGCUGACAAAGUGAAAAUAUUGUUGGUAACCCAUAAACGACUAACCAAAAUGAAUUGAUUUCUAACUAUUGGUGCGAUUGAUGUCGUUAACACAACCAGUUAUCGUAGUCAAGUAAUAAGACGCAGGUUUGUGAGAAUUACUUGAGUAAUUCUUAAAUUUAAGAGGGGCGAAAAGAUAUAGUACUUAAGAUAUAGGGGGGUUAUAAAUUUGAGUAAUUAAGUUUUAUGUGGAUAAACGAAAGAAUAGGGGAUGUUGUAACUAUUCUAUUGUAUUCAAGGCUUUUAAGAUGAGAAAAUUUAGUAAUUCUUACGAUGAGUAGAAAAGAAGUUUUAUUUCCUCCAGUCCAGGUUGCUUUAAAUGUUGCGAUAUUUUAUACGACAAUAUGUAACUGUUUUUACGCCCACAUUGAAAUGUGGUCGUAUAUUGUCGUCGCCCCCGUCCGUCCGCCGGUCCGGCGUCCACAAUUGCGUGUUUAAGGUCAUGAGACGAAGAAGCCUAUUGAUUUUCAGCGAUUUCCGAUAUUUACUGCCAGAGUUAUGGCCCUUGAUCACUUUGAAAAAUCUUGUGGAAUCUAUAGAGGCUAAAGUGAAUAUCCGAUUGACUUUAGAUUUAUACACAGUGUUUAAGGUCACGAGACGAAGAAACCUCUUGAUUUUAAACGAUAUCCGAUAAUUAUGGCCCUUAAUCACUUUGAAAUAUCCCGUGGGCGCUCUAGAGGCUACUGUGCAUAAUUUUAAAGCCAAACAAUUUCUAAUGAUUUUCGGAUAAUUAUUUAAUGAGUUGUUAUACUCAUAAUCAGAAUAGAAAAAAAUAUGCGACAACUCUUGUUGAUUACUCGGACGACUUAGCUGCUGUGUGCGUAUGUUUCGUUGCCUGACAACCUGUCUUUGUAUAUUUCGGCAGAUGUAAUGAAACCUGAUUUAAUCAAAACGUAUACUAUGAAAUUUGUAACCGGGAGGUCUUCGUCUUAAUUGAUAGGUUGUUUUUUUUUUUUAAUUUUGUAGAUUACAAAUUGAAUUGAGAUAUUUAUUUUAUAUUUAUUAAACCUUUUUUUAAAUAUUGUAGAUUACAAAUUAAAUUAUUUUAUAUUUACUAAACCUCUUCUGCCAUCUAGUCUGUCAAUCACGGUACGGUAAGAACUAAUAGUUUAAUAUUUAAAAACGCACUUGGUUGGAUAACUGAUUGUUUAAUUAAUUUUUUUUAAAUUUUAUUUAAUCCAUUGCAACUAGUCUUACGCUUAUAUUGUGAUAAUAUUUAGAUGUGUUAAGUAAAAUUGUAAAUCAGAGGUGCGAACGGUUUAAGAGAGAAUCCUUAUAACGUCCCAAAACAGUGGUACUCGCAACCAUUGCUUUAAGAUAUGGGACAUUCUAGCUCAGACCAUUCGAGUUAUUAUAUAAGAAGCACCUAUUUAGUCAGGCAAGACUAUUCUUUGUCCUCUGUCUGUAAACUGACGAUCGGUGCUAUAAAACCACAAUAUUUUGAAUGUAUUGGUGGUAUGUGAGAGUUUAAUUAGUCGAUAAUUUACGUAUUUUUAACAGCCUGUUUAUUAAGCUGGCUGAGGUGACGUCACUCAAACAAACACGCACCGGUUCCACGAAAGCUCCUGCGUCCUGUGUUUAUUUUGAUUUAAAUUUCUAAAUUCCUUCACCGAAAAUUGAACUGUAAUUGUUUCCAUAAGCUGUGUAUAUAUAUAAGUAGUGGCAAGUGUCGUACAUUAGACAGAGGGUGCGUACCUGUUCUAAAACGGCUGACACUGCUUCACAUCUGCGAAAUUGACACUUUUACACGCACAUGUAUACGUAGAUUAAUUGAUCCAAGUUAUAACUAUUAACUAGGGCAAUUUAUUCAUUUUUAUUCGAUUUUUCCAAGGAACAUAGCCUAUAUAUUAUGCAACUUUUACAAGACGGAACAAGAAAGUGCCGCCAAUUUGCGUUACCCGUGUUUACUUUGAGAAUAAUAAUACGAAGGUAUGUCGGUGAUUUGUUUUGAUGAGAACGCACCACAAGAUACUUAAUCCAGAUGCAAACUGAACCCGAAACUGUUUGCUUCGCGUAAAACCAACGUAGACGCGACCUAAUAACCUCUCACGUACCACACUCAUCUGGCACGGUUGUCAUAGCAAUAAACCUACCUACAAUACUUUAUGUGCUAGAACACCCAUGUCACUUCUCAUUUGAGGAAUCCAUGUAGCGAACAGGUACUUAUGUAAGCCUAGUCCCAAUUAAAACACGGAUCUUAUUUCGUUUCGUUUUAUAGGACGUCGAAAAAAAACCGAAACGCAAAUAAUAUCUGUAUUUUUAUCAGAUUGGGUUCUUCUUUCACAUCGACAAAUGAAAAAAAACCUACAACAUUUUACCAUAUAAUUUAUUUAUUCGAGCCUUGUAAUGACGUAACGCUUAGUCGUUACUGACGUAAGGUUCCUUAUCAUAAAGGCAAUUUAUUCCUUUUUGGUUUGAUAAAUCAUAAAAACAUUAUAUUUAUGGAAAUUGUUAAGGAAAUAAAACAUUUUGUAGUCAAGAAAUUAUUGAAAAAACAUUUUAUCAAAAUGAUGAUAGUACAUCUACCUUAUAAUGACGUAACGUGAAAUUGUUAUCGAUGUAAGGAUUUGGUGUAUGUUAAAUGAUUUAUUAUUAAAGAUGCAUUAUUUAAGAUUUAGACAAAAAGCCGGACGUUCUCGCUAUACUAGUUAAAAGAAAUAGGUAAAGAAAAAUGAAUAUAUUGAAAAUUUUAUUCAAAUUACAUUAUUCUGGGCGAAGAGUGUUUAUAGUUUGAACAAGAUCUAGCGUAGAUUGUUUGCUACCUAUUUUAUCGUUACAUUUUUAAAUCUCGCUGGUUUUCAAAACCAUUUAAAUCCCGGCCGUCCGAUGGUCGAGUAUGGGCUUGUCGAGUGAACAAAUGUCUAAAUAAUAAUGUAUGUAACACUUGAGGCCAAAAGACCUGCAAUAUGCAGAUUUAGCUCUUACAUAAUGCAUCUUUAGGGAUUUGAAAUGUUUAGUAGAGAAUAUUUUUGGACCAGGAACAUGGCCCCAAGCGCUAUGUACUCAUCUUGUUUUUCUUGGGGCGACGCUCUUGAAUAAAGCCUGCAAGUCCAGCAUAUGAAGCACAAACGACAAGAGACUUGGUUUUUCGAUAUGACGUCACAGUUCCAAGAUGGCGUCGAUGACGACAUGCGUUGUUCCUGGUCUAUACUACGUUCGUACAUUUGUACUUGCUUAAUAAAUGUUUUGUAAAUUAUUUCAUUUACAAUUGCCUUGUAAUGACGUAACGCCCAGUCGUUAUCGAUGUAAGGUUUUUAUGUAAUUCACAUUUAAUUAAAUUAUUAAAUAUUAAA